AUGGAGGCGCUUGCUUCAUCACGAAUCCUGGUGAUUGGUGGCACUUCAGGCAUUGGAUUUGCAGUAGCUUCUGGAGCGAUCGCAGUCAACAGCCAAGUCUUUGUUACAUCCUCGUCUCAAGACAAGGUCUCGAAAGCAAUCUCACGACUGCAGUCCCUCUAUCCCGAUAGCAAGGUAUCCGGCAUAUCUGCAGAUCUCUCAUCCGCCGAUACCGUCGAGGCCAAUAUCAAACUUGUCCUUGACGAAGCCGUCAAGUUCACAGGCGGACCUUUGGACCACAUCGUCAGCACUGCCGGAGCACGAUGGGAUCCCGUCAAGCUCGACGAAGUGACAGCUACCACAGCCAUCGACCCAUCAGCACAGACUUUGAGACUGAUCAUGCCACUCAUGGUCGCCAAGCAUAUCGCCAAGUAUCCGGGACAAUACAUCAGUGUCUCGACAAAGAGCUCCUUAACGAUGACAUCGGGCAUUCUCGUCAAGCGGCCUCAGCCCGGAAUGAGCUCUCUUAUACUGGUUGGCGCUGGCGUCGAGGGGCUGAGCCGAUGUUUGGCUAUCGAUCUGAAACCUAUCAGAGUCAAUCUUGUCACGCCUGGUGCUAUCAAUACGGAGAUGUUGGACGCUCGAUGGAAGGAAGUCAGGGAGAAAUUCGCGAGGUCGACGCUUGUUGGUGAACUUGGUGCUCCUAACGAUUGUGCGGAGGCGUAUUUGUUUGCUAUGAGGAGCAAGUUCUUGACUGGCCAUGAGAUCAUUAUUGAUGGUGGUACUUUGUCGAUGCUGCCUGUCGCCGCAUAG